GGCCUCUCUCUCCCUCACCCCCCCUCUCAGCUCCGCCUUCUCUCCUCCUCGCCAGCCUCCCCUCCCUCCUCCUCCGGCCCCGCUUACUCACUCACUCUCUCCCUCGUCCUCCUCCGGCCCCGGCCCCGGCCCCGGCCCCGCCCACUCACUCACUCACUCUCUCCCUCUCUCUCUCCCUCCUCCUCCCCCAGUCCCCCCCCCUUCCCUCCUCUUCCGGCCCGCCCGCUCUCUCCCUCCUCCUCCUCCGGCCCCGCCUGUUUACUCUCUCCCCCGCCUCCUCACUGUACACUUCUCCCCCCUCCAUCCUCCCCGUCCCGCCUCCGCUCACUCACUGUCUUCCCUCUCUUCCUCCGGCCUUUCUCUCUCCCUCCCACCUCGGCUCCGCCCCCUCCCAUCUUCCCUCUCCGCGCUCUCUUUCCCUUCACGCGCUGGGAGUGGGGAACGCCUGCGCAGAUCCGAAGAGCGCUGAGGCCCCACGGCCCCUCCAAAGGACGCGAUUGGUCUCCGGGGCCAGGAUGACGCCGGCCCGGCGCCGGCCAAUGAGAGCGAGUCUAGCGCCGCGGGAGCGCGUCCGGGCCGCGGCGGCGCGCUCGAGGGGCCGGGGAGCUAUGGCGGUUGCCGGGGUGGGCUCCCUCAGCAGCGUGGUGGGCGGCAGCGGCGGGGUGGGCGGCUCGGGCGCCGGGCACGACGCAGGGGACUUCUUGGCCCGCUACAGGCUGGUGUCCAACAAGCUGCGGAAGCGCUUCCUGCGCAAGCCCAACGUGUCGGAGGCCGGCGAGCAGUUCGGGCAGCUGGGCAAGGAGCUGCGGGCCCAGGACUGCCUGCCUUACGCCGCCUGGUGCCAGCUGGCCGUGGCACGCUGCCACCAGACGCUCUUCCACGGGCCCGGCGAGGCGCUGGCCCUCACCGAAGCGGCCCGCCUCUUUCUGCGGCAGGAACGCGAGGCCCGCCUGCGCCUGGCCUGCGCCGCCGCCUACGGCGAGCCCCUGCAGGCGGCCGCCAGCUGCUUCGCCUUCGCCGUGCGCCUGCACCUGGAGCUGGGCCAGCCGGCCGCGGCCGCCAGCCUGUGCCUGGAGCUGGCCGGCGCCCUGCGCGCCCUACAGCAGCCGGGCCCGGCCGCCGUGCACUUCGAGCGCGCGGCCGAGCUGCAACUGCCUCUGCUGCCGCUGGAGGCGCUACUGGCGCUCGGCGACGCGGCCUCCUGCAAGCUGCUGACGCGGGACUACGACGGCGCCUUGGAGCUCUUCACACGCAUGCAGCUGCUGGCUCGGGAGCGAGCGGCUGGGGGCGGCGGCGCGGCUGGUCCCGCUGGGGUUGGGGGCGGCGGGGGCGUCCCCGUGGUCAGGUCUGGCGGGCCCGGCCAGCCGGGCGCCUUUCUGGACGUGCUGGUCCAGUGUGAGGUGUCUCGGGUGCUGCUGCUGCUGCUGUUGCAGCCCCCGCCGCCCAAGCUCCUGCCUGAACACGCCCAGACCUUGGAGAAGUACUGCUGGGAGGCCUUCGAAGGCCACUGCCAGGACAGCAUCUGCCCCUUACCCGAGGAGCUCUUCCUGCUGCUGCAGUCCCUAGUCAUGGCCGCCCACGAGAAGGACCUGGAUGCCAUGAGAGUGUUGCAGGGGGAGCUCUGGCCACUGCUCAGUGCUGAUCAGAAUCAUCUGCUGCACCUGAUCCUUCAGGAAAUGGUCGCCCCUUCCGGGCAGGGCAUCUGAUGGCCACCCCUCACUGCCAGUCCCCAUCUCCCAGGCUCAGGGGGUGCUCUGCUCUCAGUGGCUUCAGAACUAACUGCAUAGCCGCUCCAGAGUCGGCCUCGGGAAGACCAAAGGAGAUUUCUCUGAAACCCUCUCCUUCCCAUUUAGGUAGCUCUACCUUACAUCAAGGCAGGAACUAAGCAGGAAUGAUGGAUGGGCCACUGGCCAUCACACUGAACCCUUCAAGCUUUUGGAGCUCAUUUCAGUUCCAUCCUUGUAAAUCUGGAGAGCACCAAAUGGGAUGUUCACCUGGAGCUUGUUCUUGUCCUCUGCGGAGCUUUCCAUGCCCUAUUCACUCUUCUCCCCGAACUCAGAAAUUUCACCUCCUAAGGAAUUAUCUCAUUAUGAUUACCAAAUGUUUGGCUGGCUAGACCUAAGUAACAAAAUCACCUUUUUUGACUUUGCUUAGUGGAAUUUUCAUUCUUUGUAAUCAUCAGCUGGAGUAAAGUAAAAAGGUUUAGCCAGUUCUUUUACUAGAGAGUCACUUGUCACCCCAAUCUUGGUAUUUUCACUUGUUAUUUUGGGUUCUAACUGAUUACAUGAUAAUGCUUUUUUUCAAAUGCUACUUUUUUCUCUGGGUACCUCUUCUGUGAAAUGGGAAUAAAGAAUAAUACCCUUACCUGAAUGUUGUCUCUGGUAGUCCCCCUUAGGAUUUGUCUAAUGCACCGUUUCCCUCAUAGGCUGUCUUUGUGGUAGCUUGUUAGAUUCGAAACAAUAUCAAUGUGCAAGCCAAAUCUUAAUGUUUAUAGUAGGUUACUUUUCUGAAGUUAACUUAUUACACUUUACCCACAUUUGUGAAGUUGUAGAAUUUAUGUAUGUGCAAGAUAGUAUGCAUUAAAAGUGAUUUUUAAAAAUGAAACACAA